UGUCCUCGAAACGAACGUCACAGACGACAAGUUCGACAACAGCGAGGAAGACACAGUAUCUUGUUUAGCUGCCCACGUUUUGUCGAUCUGUGCGUUUGUUCCAGACAAGGCUUAGGUGUCCGUGAGAGAUUCAGACUUAAGUAUCAUCUUUUGAUCCACUGGAAUGUUUUGACAUUGUGAACAUGACCUGAAAAGUGAGAGAGGUGUAUUUUUGUCGACUGUUCUUUGUGUGGCAAGCUUGUCACAGUAUCCAACAUGGCGGAACUGCCUUUCUUUGUUGCAUCUUCUUGUUGAGGCUGGUGGUUUCCAAGAACAGGUUUGUUGUUAUCGUUAGUGUUUAAGAAACAAGCCCUGACUUUAAGCUUGUACUGGGAACUUGUAAGAAAACCGACGAGCGGUCGUGAGAGAUCUAGAAGACUCAUCUUGCAGUGGCACGUGCGAAGGUCUACAGCUAACUUGAGCUUCUAGAAAGGAAGGUCAUCACCAGAGGAUCACCAUGUCGUGUGUCCACUACAAGUUUCACAGUCAGCUGGACUACAGCAAAGUGACGUUUGACGGCUUGAACAUCUCCCUUGGGGACCUGAAGAAGGCCAUCCUGCUCCAGAAGAAGAUUGGGAAGAGUCCUGACUUUGACCUGCAGGUCACCAACGCACAGACCAAAGAAGAAUACAAGGAUGAGGUCAGCCUGAUCCCGAAGAAUUCAUCCGUGAUUGUCCGCAGGAUUCCACUCGGAGGUGCCGUCAAAACGAAAAUCCAACCAACGAGUACCAAUGUUGUAGCAGGUUCCAGCAUGAAGCCAAUGGACUUCCAACCUGGACCAAGCAAAUCAUCCAUGGGCAAGAUGACAGAUCUGGUCAGUGCUGAUGCCACGGAGGAUGAGAAAAUCAAGGCCAUGAUGUCACAGUCUACCAAAGACUAUGAUCCUUCAACGUAUGUGAGGAGACCAGGAAGGCCUUACCAGAACCACCAGGGACCCCCACCAUCCACCUACGUGUGCUUCCGCUGCCAGAAACCCGGCCACUUCAUCCGGGACUGCCCUGUGCCUCCUACGGAGGGAAACUACUUGGGCCCACGAGUGAAGCGGAGCACUGGCAUCCCACGGAGCUUCAUGACGACUGUGUCGGGUCCCGGGGCCAAGGGAGCCCUCCUCACAGCCACAGGAGAAUACGCAGUACCCACUAUAGAUGAGCAAGCCUACAAGGAGGGGAAGAAGGAGCGUCCCCCCUUCCUGCCGUCCCAGGAGCAGGAGGUGGUUCCAGAGGAGGACAACAGCAUCCCACAGGAGCUGCUGUGUAUGCUGUGUAAAGACCUGCUGUCUGAUGCCGUGGUCAUACCCUGCUGCGGCAACAGCUUCUGUGAUGAGUGUAUUCGUAACUCACUAUUGGAGUCAGAGGAACACGUCUGCCCAUCCUGCAAUGAGACGGGCGUCUCCCCAGACUCACUUAUCGCCAACAAAUUCCUUAGACAGGCUGUGACCAACUUUAAGAAUGAAACUGGCUACACAAAGGCAAAGUUGAAGAAACAAGAGGCUGUGCCUGACCCAACUCCAUCUAGACCUCCAGAUAAACCACAGGUGCAGCUGCCUCCCCCAGCAUCUACUGCUCCCUCCUCUUCAGGUGCAACAGGUGUUCCCAUAGCAACCAUCACCAAGACACCCAAUGUUGUGGGGCAGAAUCUGCAUUUUCUGAAUGACCACCCUCCUGGUCCACGACCUUCAGGCCCGCGACCUAUGGGUCCUCGAUCAGCUGGUCCUCGACCCCCGUUUGGACGUGGAAGGUUCCAAGGCCCAAGGCAUUCCAACUUUAAUCCUCGCUUCCGUGGGCCAAGGCCGCAUCGAGACUUCCAGCCCCGAGCCACGGAACCUAGACCAGACCUUCCCCCGAGAAUGCCACCCCCACCUCCGGUUAUUCCUCCCGGGCCAGGCAACAGCCCACCAUUUGUACCUGUAUCAUCAGCUGCACCUCCCCACCCCCCACCGUUCUUCCCCCCUCCCCCGGGACCAGGCAUGGUCCCCGGUCCCCCCCAGCCGCCAACCUUCCCCCCUGGUCAGCCUCCCCCUCCUGGGCUCACCCCACCCCAGGGGUUUCCUGGACAGCCACCUCCUGCACCCAACAGAGAUGGAGCAACAUCCAAAUUAGACAAGAUGACCAACGACUUUGCCAACGAGCUGGAGGCGUACAAGUUGCUCCGCCAGAAGCAGCGGCACCGCUCGGGCUCCCCGUCCCGGUCCUACAGUCGCUCUCCAUCUCACUCCUCCUGGUCAUCUUCCUCCAGCUCAGGAUCAUCCAAGUCUAGAUCUAGGUCCAGAUCAAGAUCCAGAUCUAGAUCAAAGUCACGGUCCAGGACGAGACCCCGUUCGCGGUCUCGAUCAAGGUCACGGUCCUUCUCUCGGUCGCCAAGACGUUCCAGAAGAUCGCCCAGAUUCAGACGAUCCUUCUCGCGAUCCCCUCCACCACGGUCGCGAUCACGUUCCCCACCGCGUCGUGGACGGAGGCGGUCCGCCGGGGCUCGUUACUCGCGCUCCCCCUCACCAAGGUCGCGCAGUAGGCACUACCCCCCUGCUCCACCGGGCUAUCCACCAGAUCUCUACUACUACGAUCCCUACUAUUACGAGCGUGCAGGAUUCCCUGGCUAUCCUCCUGGUCGUCCCAGAUCACCCUCUUUUGAUUACUACCGGGGACGUUCCCCUCCUCGAGGAAGAUCACCCCCUCCUUUCUACAGGUCCCGUUCGCCCCAUGCGCCUCCCUAUCCUUACUCAUACCCUUACCCUUACCCUCCUGAUUUCCCCCCACCCCCACAUGCACAUACAUCCUCCCCGUCAAGAAGGCCUCCGGACUCCAGCAGGCACCAUCCCCGCUCGUCCAGACCUGACAGAGACCGGGGGAGUCCUUCCAAGGAGGGUGAUGCUCGUAGAAAAGACAGGGACAGGAGGGAUAGAGGUUCUGCAGACAAGAGCAGGAAGGAGAAACCUUCAGCAGAACAGGAUGCCAAGAAGGAUAAAUCUACAGAUAAAACAGACAAAGAUGCUAGUGUUAGCAAGAAGGAGAAGUCCCCCACUGUUACUGAGAGCAAUGAGGGUAAAACUGAAGUGGAAGGGGAGCCAAAGGAGAAAGCAAACUCUCAGGUUAAGGAAGCUGAAGAAACAAAGGAUGUGAAGAAGUCACAUUCUCGGGAAAGACGCAGUAGAAGAAGUGGUAGGGAAGGCAGAGACAGGGACACAAGUGCGACAACAAGUCAAGACAGUGAAAACAAGGAUAAGGUUGAACCUGGUGCUAAUGUGGAAGCCAAGGAGGGCAGUGUCAGUAGUAGUAGUAGACAUAGACAUCAUCACAAACACAAGCGCAGACAUAGUAGACGGAACCCAGAAGUCCCCGUUGAAACCGAAAGUGCUGCUAAAGUUGAAUCAACUGCUCAGAAACAAGAUGUAGAACAUGAAGCAGAGGUCAGGAAAGCUGAAGUUGCUGUCGGAGAAAAAGUUGCUCCGCCAAAGGAAAAGGAAAUUGCCCUGUCAAAGGAAAAGGAAGUUGCCCUGCGGAAGGAAAAGGAAGUUGCUCCAGUAUCCUCCACUGAACCUGCUCCAGAGGAACCUACUGUGAAGAAAGCCAAGGAGGAAGUAGGGGAUGCAAAACCCUCAAAGGAAAGCCGCUCCCACAGACAGCACAAACACGCCUCCAGUAAAACGUCUCACGACAAACAUGCUAGUAAGAGAAAGAGAAAAGAAAGCAAACCAGACAGCAGCAGGGUCGAACUAGAAGCCAACGGUGGUGUUCAAUCAGAUAUGUCCUCAGAAGUUGCUGCAAAGGAUGACAAAAAGAAGGAGAAAAAACAGGAAGAGAAGGCUAGGAUUAAAGUCGAUCCUCCAGAACCUGUCCCCACAAAAAAGGUCAAGGUUGAAAGGUCAGAUGAUGAAAAGUGGAAGGAGAGAAAGGUCAAGCUAGAAAGGUCUGACGACGAAAGGUGGAAGGAGAAGGCUCGCAGUGUGGUGAAGCUGAAAGAGGACAUGCCUAGCAGCUCCGAGGCGCCUCCUGCCAAAGAGAAGGUUAAGAAAGAGAAGACGACCAAGAGGAAGGUGACGGUGAUGUCAGACACGAUCGCCUCCUCCUCGUCUCUGGUGGGCUACUCCAGUGCCAGUUCCACAGGAGGGUCACCUGCCAAGAAAAAGGCCAGAGCAGAGGCCAUGGGACUUAGCAGGACUGUGCAGUUGAAGACCACCAGUGCCAGCCCUACCGUAGUGAAGAAAGAUGUCCAAGUUGCUCCUGCCUCCAGCACUUCAGCAGAAGAGAUGAUAACCAUCACCUUACCUCUGUCCAAGUGGGAGCGGGACGACUUCGAUUCCGAGGGCACAAACACACCUUCACGGCUGUCCCCAGUCAAGGACUACACGCAUGAGGAGGCAGAGUUCGAGCCAGACUACAGCGUCUCAAGUUCUGAAUCUGAGAGUGAGGAGGGAGACACCGCCACAGACGCAGGCUCUCAGGCACCUGACCAGGCUACCUCGGCCAGCCCCAGUCCGCCAGGGAGCCCCAAGCACAAAAAGAAGCACAAGAAAAACAAGAAGAAACACAAGAAGGAGAAAAAGGCAGAGAGUAGUACUAAGAAGCACAAACACAAGAAAAAGAAAACCAAACAUAAGCACAAAGACAAGGACAAAUCAAAGAAUAAAGAUAGUUCCUCGAAGGUCAAGUCCAUUGUGAAAGCGUAGAACUGUGAACGGAUUUGUUAUGAUGAUCAAGAUAAGUGCCAAUCUAUAUUUGGAAAAUUAUACCACCUGUGGCUGCCCUCUUUAAAACCUUCCUGUGUAAGUGCAAGCAAGCGAAAAUGCCUACUGCUUGCUAUGGUGGGUUUUGUGCAAGGAGAGAAAAAAGGAGGCUAAACCAACAAGGUAGAAACUUUGAUGGUCACAAGUAACUGCCAAUAUCUAUUGUUCCAUUGCUUUGUCUAAAAGUAUUUGUUAGAUUUGAAAAAAAAAUUAAAGUUAGUUGAAUGUGCAUUCACCAGGUGUAUUUAGUAUGCACUUAUUACUAAAGGCAAUGGAUGAGACGAGUCAAAGCUAAUUAAUACUGCCAUGUAGACUGGUACAGUCCCAAGCCUCAUUUGAUCUUCCUGAGUUUACCAAGUAUUUCAGAUGAUGGGGUCAAUGUUUGCCAUGCUGCUGAGGAGUAUGAUACUAUGAACAUGGAUAAUUUCCUUUGUAGUUUGUAAAAAUGAAUGAAUUUUGGUUUGUAUCACUUUGCAAUUUGAGUUGGAAGAUGUAAAAGUUGCUCAGUAACUCCAAUGCAGUCUUCUAGUAAGUACAGUACAGCAUGUCUUGAAAGACUUGUAUAUACUUCUUCAGUUAAUUUUUGAUAAGAAAACCAAGGCAAUCCUCAGAGAAGAGGAAAGAACCUUUCUUCUGUCAAUUCAAGUGGAUGAAUGUAAAUAAAUGGAUGAACUGUA